UGGAGGACAAUAAAGAGAGUGAAGCAGAAGACAAAGACACUGAGCUGGUCUUUGAAGAAGGAGAAGAUCAAGAAGCUCCAGCUCUCAACAAGACUGAAGAAUUGGACGAAUGUCUGCAAACACUCCAGCAGACAAACUCCAAGAAGAAAAGGGAGAAAAGUCAGAAGAAAGUGGAAGAAGUCAAAGAGCUGAAGGAUAAACCUGUGAAGAGGUUCUCCUUCUCAAAGUUUUUUCGUCGGCUGUUUGGCUUAAAACCUAAAGGGAGACAUUAACUAAACUAACCUCCCUCCACCUAAAAGACGUUCAGAUGAUUCUGUUUGCUUUUCUCCCUCCUGUCCUCCAACAUCCGCAUCCAAUUCUUUUAUUUCAUAUUUUGUUCUACUUCCUUCACAAUUGUUAUGUAGUUGCAUUAUCAAAAUGUCAGAUGAUUUUCAUGAUUUUAUUGUAUCG